AGGAACGCCACCAAGAAGAGCAAAACACGAGAGAGAAAGAGAAAGAGGGACAGUGACAGAGAAGGGAAGAGAAGGGAUUGGGUUGUUUUUCAGUUUUAGAUCAGCUCCUUUUAGGCAAAAAGAAUUGGUAUUAUUUUAUAAAUAUUAUAAUUGUUUAUUAUAAAUUAUUUCUUUCCCAAGUUGGAAGAGAAGAUCAAGGAGAGGGGCGUGGGGUGUGUGCCUCUGUGAGAUCUCUGUGGCUGUGUUUAUAAAUAUACAUAUACUAUUGCUUCUUGGCUAAUAUACUAGCACCGAGAAGGUCUAUUCCCUUCCCUCUUUCUUCUUCCUUUGGGAAACGAAGAAAAUUUUGGUUUAGCAGAUCAAGAAUCCACAGGAACUCCAAUGGCUUUUAUGUCCGAGGUCAACACAAGCUUCUCUCACUAUAUGGAUGAUGAAUAUGAAAAACUCUUCAGAAGAAUGAACCCUCCCAGGGUUGUAAUUGAUAAUGAAGCUAGCAAGAAUGCUACUGUUAUACGGGUUGAUAGUGCAAACAAGCAGGGAAUACUUCUUGAAGUCGUACAAGUCCUCACUGAUCUAAAUCUUAUUAUAACUAAGGCUUACAUAUCUUCUGAUGGCGGAUGGUUUAUGGAUGUUUUUAAUGUCACUGACCAACAUGGAAAUAAGGUCACAGAUGAAGCUAUUCUGGAUUAUAUUCGAAAGUCUCUUGGGCCUGAAUCAUGCUUUCCAACCAUGAGAUCUGUUGGAGUCAAGCAAUCCAUGGAGUACACUACAAUUGAGCUAAUGGGAACUGAUAGGCCGGGAUUGCUGUCAGAAAUGAGCGCGGUUCUGACUGACCAUAAAUGCAAUAUAGUGAGUGCAGAAAUCUGGACACAUAACACCAGAGCGGCAGCUGUUAUGCAUGUAAAUGAUGAGGAGACCGGUUCUGCCAUUAAUGAUCCAGAGAAGCUAACCUUGGUGAAGGAGCUUCUCUGCAAUGUGCUUUGUGGUGGAAACAGGAACAGAGGAGCUAAGACUGAAGUCGCUGAUGAAGUUACCCAUACUGAGCGAAGGCUUCACCAGAUGAUGUUUGCUGAUAGGGACUAUGAGCGGGCGGAUGAUCACAACAAUAACAACAACACUGGAUUUGACGAAAAGCAAAGACCAAAUGUUAAUGUUGUUCAUUGGAGUGACAAAGAUUAUUCUGUAGUUACUAUCCGAUCCAAGGAUAGGCCGAAGCUUCUCUUCGACACAGUUUGUACUUUGACAGACAUGCAGUAUGUGGUUUUCCAUGCUAAUAUAGAUGCUGAGAGGCCAGAAGCAUAUCAGGAGUACUACAUCAGGCAUAUAGAUGGGUCCCCUGUGAAAUCAGAUGCAGAAAGGCAAAGAGUUAUGCAGUGUCUUGAAGCUGCGAUUGUGAGACGAGCAUCUGAGGACUUGAAGCUGGAGCUCUGCACCGACGAUAGAGUUGGUUUACUAUCCGAUGUAACUCGUAUCUUCCGCGAGAACAGCCUCACAGUUACGAGAGCAGAAGUGACCACGAAAGGAGGCAAAGCAGUAAAUACCUUCUAUGUUCGUGGAACCUCAGGAUGUCCCGUCGAUUCCAAGACCAUAGAAUCUAUUCGUCAAACCAUAGGAGACAGCAUCCUUAAAGUUAAGGGCAUCCCUUCUGAGCCAAAGCCGCCUGUUCAAGAUUCCCCUACAAGGUUCCUCUUUAGUGGCCUCUUCAAGUCCAAGUCCUUUGCUAACUUUGGUUUGGUCAAGUCUUACUCUUGAAGAGGCAUUCUCAAGUAGGCAGUGCCUAUGUAACACCACAUGCGAUUCAACAAGGCCCCGUGGUUCAGAAGCCGAACACAUUUGUGUCGCCAAACUUACUGGGAUCGAUCGGAUCCGAUUGGAUCAGCUGUGGAAUUACGCGUUAGGGACAGUCUGCUCAUAGAAAGAUCAUUUCCUAAGUAACUGGUUCUAUCCAUGGUCUUGUACAGUGAAAGCCUGAAGAUGUGCAAAAACUGAGUCAGAGGAACCUUAGAGGAAAUGUAACAUGUAGUUUUAGAGGGGGAGGAAAAUAUGGGAAUAUCAGACAAGGGGAUGAAGCUUGUUGGGGAGAGGGAAUGCCUUGUAAAUUGGUUUCCAUGGUCAAUGUGGGACCCAGGAGUUUGGGGUGGUGAGAAAAUUCAAAGCUGUGUUUCAGGGGUAAUACAGUAUUUGUACAUAUAUCAGUUCAUCGUCUGCUGCUAUUAUCAUCAUUUCAUUUCACUAUUUUUUGUGUUGGUCA